AUGCCGGAGCCCGGGCCGGACGCCCCUGGCACCGCUAGCGCGCAGCCCCCGCCGCCGCCGCCCCCACCUCCCGCGCCCAAGGAGUCCCCGUUCUCCAUCAAGAACCUGCUCAACGGAGACCACCACCGGCCGACCCCUAAGCCGCAGCCGCCCCCACGGACGCUCUUCGCGCCGGCCUCCGCCGCCGCAGCCGCCGCCGCUGCCGCCGCCGCUGCGGCCAAGGGGGCUCUGGAGGGCGCCGCGGGCUUCGCGCUCUCGCAGGUGGGCGACCUGGCUUUCCCCCGCUUUGAGAUCCCGGCGCAGAGGUUUGCCCUGCCCGCGCACUACCUGGAGCGCUCCCCGGCCUGGUGGUACCCCUACACCCUGACCCCCGCCGGCGGCCACCUCUCGCGACCUGAAGCUUCGGAGAAGGCGCUCCUGCGAGACUCCUCCCCCGCCUCGGGAACCGAUCGCGACUCCCCCGAGCCACUGCUCAAAGCCGACCCCGACCACAAAGAGCUGGACUCCAAGAGCCCGGACGAGAUCAUUUUGGAGGAGAGCGACUCGGAGGAAGGCAAGAAGGAGGGCGAGGCAGCGGCGGGAGCAGCCGGGGCGAGCGUGGGGGCGGCGGCGGCGGCGACGCCGGGCGCCGAGGACUGGAAGAAGGGCGCCGAAAGCCCGGAGAAGAAGCCCGCGUGCCGCAAAAAGAAGACGCGCACGGUCUUCUCGCGCAGCCAGGUCUUCCAGCUCGAGUCCACUUUCGACAUGAAGCGCUACCUGAGCAGCUCGGAGCGCGCCGGCCUGGCCGCGUCGCUGCACCUCACCGAGACGCAGGUCAAGAUCUGGUUCCAGAACCGCCGCAACAAGUGGAAGCGGCAGCUGGCGGCCGAGCUGGAGGCGGCCAACCUGAGUCACGCCGCGGCGCAGCGCAUCGUGCGGGUGCCCAUCCUCUACCACGAGAACUCGGCGGCCGAGGGCGCCGCGGCCGCGGCCGCGGGGGCCCCGGUGCCUGUCAGCCAGCCGCUGCUCACCUUCCCGCACCCGGUUUACUACUCGCACCCGGUGGUCUCUUCUGUGCCGCUGCUACGGCCGGUCUGAGGCCCGACAGGGGAAGGGGAGGGAGCGCCCGGCCGCCUUCCCAGAUCCCGGAGGAGACUGGGCCGGGCCGAGGGCGCCAAGACGUCCAGCGGCCUUCGGGAACCGGGGCUUCGGCGCGCCGCCCCGGCCUCCCCUCCCCCAAUCGGUAGCGUUUUGUAAGUAUUUGCAACGCAUUUUCGUGCAAUUCACCCCUAACGGAUUUGAGGCGCUUCCCCUCUUACUUUUGGUUUUGGUUCUCUUAAGAAAGAGCAGGGAAAAGACAAAAUUCCCGGGUCAAAUACUUCGUCUGAAAGCUUUUGUAAAAGGUGCAACUCUUCCCUCCCUCCCCCCAAAUUUGCUUUGCGCUGUGGCUUUUUGGUUUUAUUUUUAUAGGAGAGAAAUAAGCCGCAAAAACCUAAACCCCUCUGGUUUAUUCAUUUUCUAUAGAACUAUUUUCAGAAGUCCAGAGAGAGAGAGAGUGAAGGAGAUAAUUCACAUUACCCUACUUUUAUUCCUGGAUUUCUAAGUGUGGUUCUCCCUCUCCAGCCCUAGUUAUCUUCCCCAAUUUUCAGAAUCUGAGAAGACUCUGGUAGGAACCCCGACUCAGGCCGCUUUUUCCGCAGAGGUGUGUCGCGGCUGACCUCUUCAUCUGUCCUGCUUUGUGACUGAAGAAUUCUCUAAGUGUUUAAAAGGAAAAGACAAGACAGCCCCAAAUUAGACUUCUGAUUAUUGAAACAACUCCACAUCUGGCCCGGUGUGAGUGGUCUUAUUUAUUAGUAGCAUUUAUUUUGGGGAUUUCAUUUGUUGGUAAAUUAUUAUUAUUACUAUUAUUGCUUUGUUCCCUGUUUUGAGAGAGUGAUUUCAAUAUUAAAAAAAAAUCGGUUUUUUAGCCUCUCCCCCUUUUUGUUCUGCAGUCACUGUUGUACUUUUGACCUGUGCAAUAUUGUACAAAAUUUCCUGAGAGCCCUGCCUCUUUCUCCACGGAGAGAAGCAGACGUUUUCACUGUGUAAUCCUGGUCAUUCGUUUGGGAGGAGAAAAUUAAGAAGAGGGAAGGGGGGGAGGAAAGAAAGAGCGCUUUAAGUGAAGGACAAUCAAUUUAGGAGAAUUUUAACUUAUUUGAUAUAUGUACAGAUUUCUUGUAAAGUUCACCCUGAACUCCACAGGGCUCCUUGCUCUGCCACCCAAUCUGUUUCCUUUCUGUCGGCUACACCUGUUGUUCUGCGAUAGCUUGUCGUUCUCCCCACCCCCCAUCUCCCUCGUCACUGCCCGGGUUCAGUCCCUUUUUAAGAAAAAGAAAAAAGCCCACAAAAUAUUGUUACAUUUAAUG